AUGCAGCGGUGGCAGCGGGCCCCGGCGGCGCGGCGGCGCUGGGCGCUGCUGCUCGGGCCGCUGGCGCUGUUCGCCGCCGCCCUGGCGCUGCGCGGCACCGCGCGCCCCGACCCCGCCGACCGCUCCCGCCUCUACCGGGCGCUGGAGCUCUCCCCCAGCCGCAGCAUCAACUGCUCGGGGGUCGUCCGCGGGGACCACACAGCCAUCGAAAAGGCGCAGCUCAACAACCUGGAAGUGGCGAACAGAAGGGCUUCACUGACGCCCGGCGAGUACCUGAACAUUACGAGGGACUGCAGAGCCUUCAAGGAGACCCGGCGCUACAUCGAGUUCCCGCUCAGCCAGGAGGAGGAAGAGUUCCCCAUCGCCUACUCCAUGAUCAUCCACCACAAAAUCGACAUGUUUGAGCGACUCCUGCGAUCCAUCUAUGCCCCCCAGAAUGUUUACUGUGUCCAUGUAGACAGCAAAUCCCCGUCCGCCUUCCAGGAAGCCGUGCGGGCCAUUGCUGCCUGCUUCCCCAAUGUCUUCGUGGCCAGCCGCCUGGAAAGCGUGGUCUAUGCCGCCUGGUCCCGGCUGCAGGCCGACCUCAAUUGCAUGCAGGACCUCCUGCAGAGCCCCGUGCCAUGGCGUUACCUCAUCAAUACCUGCGGCACUGACUUCCCCAUCAAGACCAACGCCGAAAUAGUCCGGGUGCUGCAGGUGCUGCAGGGCCAGAACACCGUGGAGUCGGAGAGGCCCUCGGCCGCCAAGCAGCAGCGCUGGGAGUACCACUACGAGGUGGGCGAGACCAUCUCUCGCACUGCCCAAAAGAAACUGCCCCCACCCCACAACUACCCCAUGUUCACGGGCAGCGCGUACAACGCCGUCACACGGGACUUCGUGCAGUAUGUCUUCGAGAACCCCACAGCACAAAAGUUCCUCGAGUGGUCCAAGGACAGCUACAGCCCUGACGAGUACGUCUGGGCCACCCUGAACCGCAUGCCGGGCGUGCCGGGGGGCACGCCCCUCAGCGACAAGUUCCAGCUCUCGGACAUGAACGCCCUUCCCCGCCUGGUCAAGUGGGAGUACCUGGAGGGUGACAUCAGCAAGGGCGCGCCCUACCCGCCCUGCACCGGCCGCCACCAGCGCUCCAUCUGCAUCUACGGGGUGGGCGACGUGCCCUGGAUGCUGCAGCAACACCAUCUCUUGGCCAACAAGUUCGACCCCGAGGUGGACGAUGCGGCCAUCCAGUGUCUCGAGGAGUACCUGCGCCACAAGGCCCUGUACGGCCGGGGGCUCUGAGGGGCAGCCGCGGAGACUGGCCAGCACCUGCUGCCUUCCGUGGCGACUCCAGCCGACGGCACCUCGGGGACAGCGGGAGAGGAUCCCCUGGGCCCCUGAGGGGCUCACGCCUCGGCGCGGCCCCAAGGAGAAGCCCCGCGGGCGGGCGCGAGGCUGCGGCUCAGCCGAGGGUCGGACGGAUGGACAGACGGACGGGGCGGCCCGCCGGAGGGAAGGGCCGGUGUGGAAGGGCGGGAGGCUCAGCCCCGGCCCGCUCGGCCUCCGUCCUGUCCCAGCCCGCGGGGUCCCCUCACAGGGCGCGGGAGCGCCGCUCUCCCCCAGCCCCGCUGAGGCAGCGGGCGGGGAGCUGUACAGUCCCUUCCCGAGUCUACGGACAAAGGUGACCCCCGGACUGCAGACGGGCAGGCCCCAGUCACGGUGCCUCCAGGUCGGCUAGGGGCAGAGCUGAAACAAUGAUUAAUUUGCUUUUCCAUAGAGCAGCCACAGGCUGCUCAGCUGAACAUCUGGCUGCUGCUUUUGCCUCACUUUAAACGUUGACUCUAUAAAAACCCGUUAAUCAUUAAAAGCCAACCUUCAA